CGGUCUUCUCUCCAACACUGACAGCUUUUUCUUCAAAGAAUCUGGGAGGACUCUUCCCUGUAAAAGGGAAAUUCAUAAGGCUUUAAAUGUGACAUCGCAGUGGAACAGGGGUUAUGCUGCUGUCUCACAUUAAGAAGGUCCUGGCUUCAAUCCCCGGGGUCUUUCUCAGUGGAGUUUGCCUGUUAUUCCCAUGACUGCGUGGGUUCCCUCCAGGUGUGUAGGCGGAGCUACAGACUCACCUGCAGACAGCAGAGAGACUUCCUGCUACACCCUCCUUGUUCUCAAGUGAGAGAGAAUGUUUUAUGCGUAGCAGUACUAUUUCCUGGGCUCUUCAACAUACAUUGACUGUCUCCUACAGCGGAUACAAGGCGCUCCCACACUUAACGUCAAGCUGGACGAACUCAACAUUAUGAGGAGGAGCGACAACUAUUGGCCAGUUCCUGGCGAGGAGAAGACCCCGGAUUCAAAUAACCCCAAGACCCUGAAUGACAGUUCAAUAGAAAUGAAAAAUCUUGAAGAUGGAGAUAAAGCACCCCCGUGUCUUGCGUUAGGUCCAUAUUUUGCUGAUGGCAAGCGGCGAGUGGACUACGUGCUUGCCUAUCACAUUCAGAAACCUAACAGUAUUCAGCACAAGGCUCCCAGGUUUGCAGACGGCAACUUCAUUCGCCGUCUCCGCCGCAGUCUCAGCUCAAGAAGCAGCCGUGCACCUCUGCAGCCAAAAGAAGACCCAGAGGUUGCUGCCCAAAAACAACAGACCGACUAUCAUCAAGAUGACCAGCGGUUCUGGCGGGAACAGUUUGAAGAAAACCUCCAAGAGAAUGGGCUGGAGUUGGAAAAAGACGAGAAGAGCAAGAUUCCUGGAAUUGGUUUUUUGAAAAUCCAUGCCCCAUGGAAUGUUCUGUGCCGGGAAGCUGAGUUCAUGAAGCUCAAGAUGCCGACAACCAAGGUUUUUGAUGUCAAACAAGGAGGUAAUAUUGUGGAAAGGAUCCGACUGUUCAUUCACAAAGUCACCGGACCUUUGCACCCAAAAGUGGAUAACCUUCAGACUCCAAGUGUAAAAUCUCUCGGGCAACCUUUCUCCAGAGAGAAGGAGCACCUAUUUGAUCUGUCAGACAAAGACAAUUUUUUUGACAGCAAGACCAGGAGCACAUUGGCAUAUGAAGUGCUCAAAAGGACAAGAUGCACAAAGGAGACAUACUCAAUGGGGAUUACCAGUCUGCUUGCCAAUGGUGUUUAUACAUCUGCUUAUCCUCCCCAUGAUGGGGACAUUGAGGGAGUGAAUGCUGAACAAAAUGACAGAAAGAUCUUGUAUGAGCAGUGGGCCAGCUACAGUGCCUUCUACAAGUAUCAACCAAUUGGACUGAUUAGGAAGUAUUUUGGAGAGAAGGUUGGAUUGUACUUUGCCUGGCUCGGAGUCUACACACAGAUGUUAAUCCCUGCAGCCAUUGUUGGAGUUAUCGUCUUCCUCUAUGGCUGUGCCACAGUCGAUGAUAACAUACCAAGCAUGGAGAUUUGCGAUCCAAGGAACAACAUCACCAUGUGCCCGCUGUGCGAUAGCGCUUGUAGCUAUUGGAAGCUAGUGACAGCAUGUGGUACUGCCCGAGCCAGCCACCUCUUUGACAACCCUGCAACUGUCUUUUUCUCUGUUUUCAUGGCCCUGUGGGCGGUUCUCUUCAUGGAGCACUGGAAGAGACGACAGAUGCGACUCAACUAUGUUUGGGAUCUGACUGGUUUUGGAUAUGAUGACGAGGAGGAUCACAAGGACCAUAACCGAGCAGAGUAUGAGUUCCGUGUCAUGCAAAAGGCAAUGAAACAAGAAAAUUCAACAUCUAAGGAUGAGAAGGUGAAGCUGACAUGUACGGACAGACUGCCAGCAUACUUGACAACCGUGGCCAUGAUGAUUUUCUUGAUCGCCGUGACAUUUGUUAUUGUCUUUGGGGUUAUCCUGUACCGGAUCAGCAUUAGGACAGCUUUGCACAUUAGCACCUACCCUGCAGCACGAUACAAUGUGCGGGCCACUGUCAAGACCACAGCUGCCAUCAUCAACCUCAUCAUCAUCAUCAUCUUAGAUGAAAUCUAUGGUAAAAUUGCUCGCUGGCUCACCAUACUUGAGGUUCCAAAAACAGACAAAAGCUUUGAAGAGAGGCUUAUCUGCAAGACUUUUAUUUUGAAAUUUGUCAAUGCCUUCACGCCAAUUGUUUAUUUGGCUUUUUUUAGGGGAAGGCAUGUUGGGCGGCCAGGAAAGUACCUGUAUGUUGUAGGAUCAUACAGAAUGGAAGAGUGUGCUCACGCAGGAUGCCUUAUGGAGUUAUGCAUCCAGUUAUGUAUCACUAUGCUUGGCAAGCAACUCAUCCAGAACAACCUGUUUGAGGUUGGCAUGCCCAAGCUGAAAAAAUUGUGGCGCAAAAAGAAGUCGGACUUAGACUUAAAGAGAGAAAAGGAACUGGCCAAAACAAUGCAACAGCACGAGAAAGAUCUCUUCCUGGGACCAUUUGUUGGCCUCAACCCAGAGUACAUGGAAAUGAUCAUCCAAUUUGGGAUGGUGACUCUUUUUGUGGCCUCCUUUCCCCUGGCUCCUCUCUUCGCUCUUCUGAAUAACAUCAUUGAGAUACGCCUAGACGCCAAAAAGUUUGUUAUGGACCUCAGAAGGCCUAACGCUGUCAAAGCCACAGAUAUUGGUAUCUGGUACAACUUGUUAAGAGGUCUAAGCAAGGUGGCAGUCAUACUGAAUGCCUUUGUCAUUGCCUUCACAUCUGACUUCAUCCCACGGCUUGUCUACAAGUACAUGUACAGUCCUGAUGGCACCUUGCACGGCUUUGUCAAUCACACUCUGUCAUACUUCAAUGUGAGUGACUUUCAGCCACAUACAGACCCUCUCGAGCCAAAGAUUUUAGGACAUUCAGUGAUAACAUGCAGGUAUAAAGACUACAGAGACCCUCCUUGGUCCAGCACACCAUAUGAUCUCUCCAAGGAGUUCUGGACCAUUCUUGCUGUCCGCCUGACUUUUGUUGUCGUCUUUCAGAAUGUGGUGAUAGUCAUGAGUGACUUUAUUGAUUGGUUGAUCGCAGACAUACCAAAGGACAUCAGCCUGCAGAUGCACAAGGAAAAGGUCCUGAUGGUGGAGCUGUUCAUGAAGAAUGAGCAAGGAAGGAAGCUUGCCCUGCAAAACAGUCAAAAACGGAACAGUUGUGCAUCGCCAAACAAGAGCCUACAACGCGCACGUAGUAAAACAUAAAUUACUCCACUGCGAGCAGUACAUUUAUAGAAAAAUAAGCACACAUCUCUGUAACAUAUUAGAAUUAAAAUGAUAUAUUUAAAGGUUACAUUCUGAGUGCUUUCAACAGUAGCUAGAAUAGUUAUACCUUGAUAAAAACAGGUUUGGGGACAAUUUGUUGUAAAGACAUGUAACUUUAAUGUGUUCACACUAGUCGUCAUAAUUUUAGAGUUAGUUUUUUUUUUUUCAAUGAACACUUUUUCUUCCUGAAUUUAUACAGAAACUAAACUGAGGUAAAAUGAUGGAUAUACCACAGACCUCAUGAAACACAUUUCUGGCAAUGGUGGGGGUGGGUUCUGAAAUACUCAUAAUUAAUGUCAUGUCAGGCCUUCUGUAAAAAUGUUGUUUUUGUGUUCAUUAGUGAUUUUAUCUCAUGCGAUGUUGGUAAAUCACAUUAGGUGAAUGUUAUGUUAGCAACUGUUACUAUAGCACUAAGUACCGAAAGGGCUAAGGCAGGGGUCGGGAACCUUUUUGGCCGAGGGAACCAUGAAAGCCAAAAAUUUUAAAAUGUAUUUUUGGGAGAGCCAUAUAAUAUUUUUUAACACUAAAUACAACUAAAUGCGUGCAUUUUUAAGUAAGACCAACAUUUUUAGAGUAUAAUAAGUCUCAGAAUAACAUUGUUAUUCUGAAGCUAACCAUCCAGCCAUCCAUUUUCUACCGAUUGUCCCGUUUAAUAAUAAGCAAAAUGCUUCUUAGCAUUAAUGCGACUUCUUGAACAGGUGGGGUAGAAAACGGAUGGAUGGAUUAAAAUGCAUGAGAAAGUUUUAUUUUUAACUCUUUGAUUACCAGCGGAAUUAUUCGUGACUUAUCGUGUUAAGCAAUGUCAGCUAAGAUUUAUCUGAGAGCCAGAUGUGGUCAUCAAAAGAGCCACAUCUGGCUCGAGAGCCAUAGGUUCCCUACCACUGGGCUAAGGCAUAUCUAUAAUGAGUUUCAUUUGUCAUAUGUUGGAAUAGAAAACUAUUUCCUGUAAAUUGAGAAUGACUAAAAUGUUGACGAUUUUACAUUCAGCAUGCUAGCACUGAGCAAGAUAGCACUAAGUACAAAAAGUGCUAAAGCAGUUUCAUGGUCAAUUUGUAUCAAGACAUGUAGGUAUGCUAUAUAACAGGCGUCUGCAACCUGCGGCUCUAGAGCCUCCUUAGUGGCUCCCUGGAGCUUUUCAAAAAUGUUUGAAAAUAGAAAAAGAUUGGGAAAAAAUAUAUUUUUGUUUUAAUAGGGUUUCUCUAGGACAGGGGUCUCAAACUCAAUGUACCUGGGGGCCAUUGGACGCAGAGUCUGAGUGAGGCUGGGCCGCCAGAAAAUAUUUUUUCAACAAAAUGUUAGCAUACUCCUCAGCAUGUCUAGUUGUAAAAUGACGUUUCAAAUUGUAUCCCUUGUGCACCGCAACUUUCUCUGUGCAAAUAAGACAAGUCGGGGUCGCCCCUGUGCUCAACAAAGAAAUAUUGCAUUUCCCACUUUUCCUGGAAUUGUCUUUGCUCAUCACUAACCUUUCUCUUCACUGCAGGCUUUGAAAAAGACAUAUUUGGGGUUGUGGAAUGUAUUUGUAUCUAACCGAGGCAUGGAGAAUAAUGUUAUUUCCGCAAUGUGUGUCAUUCCACUUUUCCUCCUUACACGGCAGUCUGAUAAAAAAGUACCGGGAUAGCGAGCGCAAAAAAGUGACGUCUCCUGGAGUGUUAUCCGGCGUCAUAUAGUAGCGUAGUGUUCAUCGUGUGAGACGAUGCAAAUUAAACAAUAAAAAAAAACAAAUUACGAUUUCAAUUGGUCCAGGUUAUCGGGGACUGUUAUUACUGACAGACAGGUGUCACAGUGUGACUGCAGCCGGGAACUUAAGAAAACCCUCGUUUCCAUGGCAACGUCUCUGUCACUUUCACUCAUUUGCCGCUUGUCCACUAACGCAGGGGUAGGCAACCCAGAACGUUGAAAGAGCCAUUUUGGACCCAAAUAACACAACGCUUUCAAGCGCCAUUCAUAUAAAACUUGCGGGCCGCACUAACAUUAAACUUUCAUAUUAAGGUGGGGGGCCGCAAAAUAACGUCUCGUGGGCCGCGUGUCUGAGACCCCUGCUCUACGAGGACAAUCCCACUAUUUAUAUCAAACAUGCUUUUCUGAUGAGAGUAUUUGGCGAGUGCCGUUUUGUCCUAUUAAUUUUGGCAGUCCUUGAACUCACCAAAGUUUUUUUACAUGUACAACUUCCUAGUUUUACGCCACUCUUUCUUUGUCUCAUUUUGUCCACCAAACUAUUUAUGCUGUAUAUGAAUGCACAAAUGUGAGCUUUGUUGAUGUUAUUGACUUGUGUGGAGUGCUAAUCAGGCAUAUGUGGUCAGUGCAUGACUUCAUUCUAAUCAAUGCUAAUAUGCUAUUUAGGAUAGCUUUAUGUACAUAUUGCAUCAUUAUGCCUCACUUGUAUGUAUAUUUGAGCUCAUUUAAUUUCCUAUGUCCUCUGUGUAUUUGAUUUAUAUCUACAUUUCUAAUGACAUAUUAUCUAUAUGUGGUAAUGCCUGCAUUUCAGCUUGCAUAGAUUUUUAUAAAUCCAUUCGAAUAAGACAGCCCGCCAUUUUCUUUAAGUUGGACCAUUGGCCAUUCUAAGCCAGUAAUAUCUAAACGUUAUCUCAACCUCUGAGAAGCCUCUGUUUUACUAAUGUUUUCCAAUCUUGUAAAAAUGGUUAGAAUAAACAUUGUAUUUCAA